CCCAGAGGCCCGCGCGCGGCGCCGGCAGUUCGACUGCUUCCUUCUGGCGGGUCGGGUGCGGCCAUGGAGGGCGAGCCGCCCCCAGUGGAGGAGCGGCGGCGGCUACAGCAGGAGCUUAGCGAGUUCGUGGAGAGCUGCUGCCGGAGGCUGGAGGAGGUGACGGCGUCCCUGGGCUGGAGCCUGGAUCGGCUGGACCCCGGGGAGGAGGCGGCACAGGAUGAAGUUGUGAUAUGUCCCUAUGAUUCCAAUCAUCACAUGCCUAAAUCAUCUUUAGCAAAGCACAUGGUGUCUUGUAGAUUAAGGAAACUGGGCUAUACCAAAGAAGAAGAGGAUCAAAUGUAUAAUUCUGAUUUUUUCUAUGAGAAUGUGAAGAUACCUUCAAUUACUUUGAAUAAGGACUCACAAUUCCAGAUAAUUAAACAAGCUAGAACUGCAGUUGGAAAAGAUGGUGAUGGUUAUAAUCAAAGGAUUUAUUCUUCGUUACCUGUUGAAGUUCCUCUGAAUCACAAACGGUGUGUUUGUGAUCUGACCCAAGCUGAUCGUCUUGCCCUCUAUGAUUUCGUAGUGGAGGAGACGAAGAAAAAGCGCUCUGAUUCACAGAUUAUUGAAAAUGACAGUGAUCUGUUUGUAGACUUGGCUGCCAAAGUCAAUCAAGAUAAUAGUCGAAAAAGUCCAAAAUCUUACCUUGAAAUCCUGGCAGAAGUGAGAGAUUAUAAAAGAAGACGCCAGUCCUAUAGAGCUAAGAAUGUUCACAUAACCAAGAAAUCAUAUACGGAGGUGAUUCGGGAUGUCAUAAAUGUGCACAUGGAAGAACUCAGUAGUCAUUGGCAAGAAGAGCAAAGAGCGGAGGAUGAUGCUGAAAAGAAUGAAGAAAGACGAUCAGCUUCAGUAGAUUCCCGGCAGUCUGGUGGAAGUUACUUGGAUGCUGAGUAUUCACGACAUAGAAAGGAUCGGAGUAGGAGCCCACAUAAACGGAAAAGAAAUAAAGAUAAGGAUAAAAACUGGGACUCGAGAAGAAGGAAGGACAGGGAUGGGGAAAGACAUCAUAGUCAUAAAAGAAGAAAGCAAAAAAUAUAAUGAGGUAUUGGUGCGUGUAUUAAUUAUGCUUAUGUCAUGAUAACCAGUAUGACAGCAUUUUAAUUACAAUUUCUUUGAGUAGAAGAAUGUUUAUAUGACUUGUUUAGUGCUCAGAUCAUUAAUUUUCAGUAAGUACUUAUGUUUCAAACCAUGAGUAUACUAUUAGUCCUUUAACUUUGUUUUGCUUAUAUUUUAAUAGAUGAUUGCUUCCUAUUAUAGAUUUUGUUUCAUUCUUUGUGAUAAUUUAUGUAUCAGAAAAUUCUUUAAAGUCAGUACUUAAACUGUAUAAAUAGUACACGAACACAUUCUCAUUUUUAAAAAUGAGACCUUAUAGCUAAGGUUAACAGCCCCUUGGAACCACACUCUAUAAUUCCUGUGGCCACCUCAGUAACUACGACUUAACCACUGCACCGGUGAAAUAUAGUAGGGAAAAAACCACCUAAAUAUCUGUCAGGAGGGGAAUGGCCUGGUUAAAUAAAAUAUGGUAUAGUCAUGUGAUAGAUUACUAUAUUGGAUUUAAAAGAAAUAAACUUUAUAAUAACAUGGAUAGAUCUCAGAAACAUAAUGCUAAGUGAAAAUAGCUAACUGCAGAAAAAUGUAUACAAGUUAUAUUUACGUACAAUAUAAUACUGUACAUUUUCUGUGACCAUGUAUGUAUGUAAAUAUAUUUUUAAAGCUUCAGAAGGACCAAUACCAAUCUCAUAACAAUAAUUAUUUGUGGAAGGAGGUAUGGAUGGGAGAGAUAUGGAAUGAAAACCAGGAUUGAGAGGUGGUCAGAGAAAACUUCAGCUUUAUCCACAAUAUGUUAAGUUUUUAAAGGCAUUCAUUUUUCACUUGUUAAUUAAAAGUAGAUUUUAAUUAAAAUUAAAAAUAUACUGUCAUUUUCUUUUAUGUAAAUCAUCUUUAUUGAGGUACUGUUUAUAUAAAAUAAAAUGCACCCAUUUUAA